AGGGCCAAAUUUCGGCUCUCGGUGUUCGAUCUCCGCUUGGCUUUGCUCGUGGCCCAGCGAAGAUGCGUGCCCGAGCUGGGAGCGGCGAGCACCAUGGCAUCAAGACAGCGGGGAAACGCACAGAAGAGGCCUUGAAGGAGGUCGGCGAUUCCAUGAAUGAAGUCUUCAAAGACAUGAAAGAGCAAUGGAGCAAAUUCACAAGGCCAAGCUGGUUUGGUGGCUCCUCAAAGGAGGCGCAUCAUCCAGUGCGGCCGGGUUCCUCCAAGGAGCCAACGGAGGUCCACGCCCACCCUGAAGAUGAUGCGACUAUGCGGCACCAUUGUGCUGCAUUGGAGCGUUUGGUCGAGAUGGGGCUUUCUCCCCAGGCAGCCAAGGUGGCAGUCCGCCGGUUGGACAGUUGGCUCGUCAGUGAGGAUGGUCGAGCUGAGAUGGCGGCCGCAGAAGCGGAGGCCUCUAGCGCAGGGGAGCCGAUCCUCCACGAGAGGAGAGUGUGCGUUUGCGGUUUCCGUGGUUGUGGAGAUUCGGGGUUUCCAGCACCACUGGGCUUGCAAGACGAAGGCAGUCUAGGGAGGACGCAGGUCAAGAAGAAUUCGGCAGCCGUUCCUAGGGCUGGGGCUCCAGGAGUGGCUUGUUGGAGAGCAGGAUUUCCGCGGGGUGCGCUGUCACAUGCCGUCGCCCACGGCCACCUCCACAAGCCGAGUUUGAAAAAGGCUGUCACAAACGAUUGCGAAUUUGUUGCUUUCGCCUUUCAGCUGAGUUUGACAGUUAGGGUGGUUGCGUCCGGGGCAACCACUUUGCAAGGAGCCGGACGCAACCGACUUCACCCGGCAUUUGGUCCUUACGUCGUCUUACUUACGUGGUGCGCGGGACGCUUUCGUUCCAGGUCACACGAUGAUUGGUGUGGACAGCAAGCAGGACAACACAGGAGUCCUCGCCCAUGCUGUCCUGCAGCCGUGCGCAAAGCCGUUUUUUCCCGGGAUAGGUAAAGAAUGGCAAAGAUAAGGUUGCCGAAGUUGUGGGCAGGUGGGGCGUUCUAACAUUUCCCAUCAUCUCCCCCGAAGAAACUGACACUUUUGUUUUUUCUCCUCAUUUGGGCAUCACCUUUCUGCACAGGAAUGGCGCUGGGAUGCUGUUCUCUUUAGAGCCCUUCUUCAGAUGCACUGGCGGCUCAUCGCACGUGCGCCCAAGCGCCUGACUUCAGGGGCGGCCCAGGGGGCGCCCUGCUUCUUCCACGCUUUGCAGGUUCCAUGAAGACCGCGGGGGCCGGGAUGUAAAUGAGACGAAGUGCAAUUUUAUCACCGCCCGCCCUGAUUUCAUGAAGACAGCACUGGAACACUCAUUGGCAUUGAUCCAUGUUGAUGUCCAUUGACAACUUGGCAGGUGGCAGUUGCCGCGCACUGACCAGGAUAGUCCGAACUUCAAAGCCCAGAUUGAGCCGUAGUAAUCCAAGGUCGUGGGCCGGAAGCGUUACUGUCUAGGUGGAGACAGGCCGGCGUGAAAAGCUACCCGGCUUCGAUCACCUGACGAGCCAGGUAUCCAGAACAUCUCACGUCCCUCACUUGCGGCUUCAUGGGUUGCUGAGGCAGAAAUGCUACAAGAUAUUGAAUAUUGUCUCAUCUGAAGCUCAGUACUCCUACGAGAUGGUGGGCAGCUGUAUAGAAGAAAUCCAUGUUUUACCUGCAGGAGCGGGCCAAAUGUUCCACGCCACGUUCACAGCGGCCUUGCUUUGCAGGUCUUGAUUCCCAAGCGCCCGGUAGCCACCCGCGGAGUUUGCGUACAUUUCCAUGACUCUGUGCACUGCACUGCUGCUUCGCGUUUUGCCUUUAACCUUCUUGUGGGAGAACCAGAACAGGUAGAAAUGGUUAGCCGUUUGCCAGAAAAACUGAAGGGCUCAGUCUUGCCACCAGCCGCGUUCAUCAUAUCUGAAAAUGCCCAUCCACUACCACGGCUUUGCCAAACCAAUUGAAUAGACAGCAACGAAAACAAAACACGAACCUAUGGAAGUGUGGGCAGCAAAGGCAAUUGGGUAUAGUUGUUGUUUGUUUUCGUUGUUGGUUUGUUUGGUUUUGGUGCCAAUGCCAAGCAGACAGCAGAUGUAAUUCUAGACCGUUCAAUGCUAUAUCCAAUCGAACUCCUUUGCAAAAAUUGCACUUUCUUUGGGGGGGCACCAAAGGCCA